UGGAUGAUAGUGUCUUUGUUGGUGGGGCUUAUUCAAUUUGAAGAGGUCAGAGUGUGUGCAAUGACUUGCAAACCUGGAUGGUCUAGCUUUGGCGGGAGUUGUUACAAACUGUACACGUCUACAAAAACCUGGACGGAUGCUUUGAAGGCAUGCCAGGCUGAAGACAGUAGCCUGGUGGACAUUGCAUCGAACGAUGAACAAGUAUUUGUGUACGAGCUGUCUAAAGGACUUCAGGCUUGGUUAGGAGGUUCUGAUGCCUCAGUCGAGGGCCAUUGGCUUUGGUACAGCAGUGAUCAGCCCUGGGGGUAUACACACUGGGACCCACGACAACCAGAUGACUAUAGGGGUAACGAAGACUGUCUCCAGUUUUGGAAUGCUGAUUUUUGGGAUGAUUACCAAUGUUCAGGAGCCCCUCCUAUGCCGUACAUAUGUGAACAGAGGGCUGGACUAUCCCUGUGUGAUUCCACCUGGACGUACAACGAUGGACAUUGUUACAAGUUAUUCAAAACACAGAUGAGGUGGUCUAAUGCCAUGGAAACCUGUCAGCAAAACUCGGCCUCAUUGGUCAACAUUGAGACUCCCUCGGAGAUGACGUUUGUGCAUGGUUUGUCAGAGGGAGUGGCUAUUUGGUUGGGUGCCACAGACGGACCACAGGAAGGAAACUGGGCGUGGACAGGAACUAGCGCCAAAUGGAAUUACACCAAUUGGCGAACAG